GUCAAAUUGGCGCGGGAAAGCCGGCCAAAAGCCACGUUCGGCGCCACCGGCAGCCUCGAGACACCACCCUAGUUGCGUAGAAGCGGGUCGGGCAGCAAAAAAGCGGCACGCGCCGCGGCCACACAAACAAGCACCACUAACACGCCCUAAGCCGCCGCCGAGCGCGCGCCGCCACUCCGCCGGGCGCGACGCCAUAACGCACGGAGCCAGAAACGCGCAGCACCAUGGCGCCGGUCCAGCCCCGCUACGUGAAUGCUGGCUCAUUCUUAAAUAUAGCGAGACAAGUUUUUGACAUGAUGGACACGGACCUCAAUGGAAGCUUGGAUCGCGACGAGAUCCUCGAAGGUAUUAAGAACAACAAAAAGGUGAAGCACUUCCUGAAGAACUGCGGCCACGAGGACCUGCAGUACCUGAUGGAUCCGGAACGCUUAGAACCGGCACUCAAGGCGAUAGAUGAGGACGGCGACGGGCAAGUUGGUCUGAUGGAGUGGGAGCACGCGAUUCGGCGAGCCUUGAACCGUAAGUUACGAGCGGCAGAGAAGCGUCGAGAAGAACUACGCCGCAAGAAGAUCGAGAAGGCUCCCUUGAAGGAAUUGAGGGAGUUCCUGAUCCGGAUGAACGACCGGUUCAAGGAGCGAUGCAAAGCUGAGGGUACGGUAUCAACAUUAAGGGGCAACUGGGAGCGCAUGUUUAAUGAGAUCGACGACGACGGGAGCGGUCGCAUCGACUACGGGGAAUUUAACGGCGCGGUCUAUGCGAUGGGCCUCGAGGAGGAUCCUCAAUUGCUCAGAGAUUUUUGGGCGUUCGUCGACGAAGACGAUUCGGGAGAAGUGACUAUUGCCGAGUUCCAGAACGCCACGUACCUAUUGGUGUUGGCAGGCUGGGACGACUACGACGAUAAGCAGUUGAAAGCGUUGGUGAAUCGCUUGAAUUUAGCGGUAGAGACAAGGCACGAACGAAAGACGUUCUUCCAGACGCAGCAGGGCCCCUUACAAGAGGAACGCUUCAACUGGUACAAGAUUUUUGUGAUGUUGGAUCUCGAUGGGAGUGGUAGACUAGGCUACGAGGAGUUGUUGGGCUGUAUUCGCGGAGGGUAUCCCUGUUUGAAUUUGACGAAAAAAAUGUUUUCUACUUGUUGGGUCCAAGGGCUGUGGAAGGCGAUUGAUGUUGACAGAAGUGGUGAUGUUACCGUCGACGAAUUUGUGGCGUUCAUGCGUCGUAAUGCCCCGCCGAACCCCGGGAAAGUGGUCGUGAGGAGGCCGCCCUUGCCCAUGGACCGCCAAGAUGCCGACCUGCGAUUCCCGGACACGGUGUUCUGCCACGCGCUGCGGACGGGGGGCAAGCCCCUACCGGGCCAUCGGUGGCCCCGGAAGGUGUUUGAUGCCAAAGGUCCUUCAGAUAAGUGGGAGACUACUGGCGUCGGCGCCGGAGCCGAGCUCGAGGUGACGAUACCGGACUCGAUCGUGAAUGGUCUGGACCCCUCGAAGGUGCCCGAUCACCUGACCUAUCUACUGAGGGAGAAGUCCUACGUCGAGGAGAUGGAGCGCAAGGUCCUCGCUGAUAGUAUUGCUCAUAGAAAACGCUUCAUGCCCAAAGCUGAUUGUGGGAGUCUGCAGUCUACCGUGGAGAGUACGGCGCCGUCUAACUUCGACGAAGACUCUAUCUAUUUAAGUGAAGGUGUGGCACCGGGACCGGGCUGCGCGCCGGCGCCGGCGCCCGCGCCCGCGGCCGCGCUGACGCUGCAGGAGCAGGUCGACGCGAAGCGACGGGAGUACCGCGAGUCAAUCCGGAAGACGCGGGAAAUGUCGAGACGCAACGCCAAGAAAGCUUUAAAGAAGACGGGCGACGAGGUCAAAGCCAAGAGGGAUAGGUUGACCGAGGACCUGGGCUUCGACGUCGGCGCGCCGGGCGUGCCCGCGCGGCAGCUCGUCUAAGAACUUACAAGACUA